AUGGAACCCCCGGCCAAGAAGCCUGCCACACCAGCAGAGGACGACGAGGACGAUGACAUUGACCUGUUUAGCAGCGACAAUGAGGAGGAGGACAAGGAGGCAGUGCGGCUGCGGGAGGAGUGGCUGCGGCAGUACGCAGAGAAGAAGGUUAAGAAGCCGGCGCUGGUGGCCCAGUCCUCCAUCCUGCGGGACGUCAAGCCUUGGGAUGAUGAGACGGACAUGGCCCAGCUGAAGGCCUGUGUGUGCUCCAUCUAGCUGGACGGAGUGGUCUGGGGGCUCCAAGCUGGUGCUCGUGGGCUAAGCUAUCUGGAA